AUGGCGAACACACUUCAUUGUCUCUCCACAGUUCAUCUUCUUCCUCGCACCCAUCAACCUAAAACACUAAAUUCUCUGAAACCAAUCCCCAAAUCACAACCAUGCAAAAUCCCUGAAAUACCCUCCAACCCCAAUGCCCUCCAACUUCUCAAAUCUUCCUCUCUCCCUCUCGCACUCGUCUCAUUGCCUUUCUUCCUCGAUCCACAGGAUGCAGUAGCAGUUGGAGGAGAAUUUGGGAUUUUGGAAGGAAGAUCAUUCGCAUUAAUACAUCCAAUUGUAAUGGGAGGUUUAUUUGCAUAUACUUUAUGGGCUGGUUACUUAGGUUGGCAAUGGAGACGUGUCCGUACGAUUCAAAAUGAGAUCAAUGAACUCAAGAAACAGCUUAAACCAACUCCUGUUUCUCCUGAUGGUUCUACAGUCGUUGAUUCUUCUUCGACUCCUUCUAGUACUGAGAUUCAGAUCCAACGGCUCACUGAAGAGAGGAAAGAGUUGAUCAAAGGAGGUUAUAGAGACAAGCAUUAUGAUGCUGGUUCUGUUUUGUUAGGGUUUGGUGUUUUGGAAGCUGUGUUUGGUGGAGUUAACACUUAUCUUCGUACCGGUAAACUCUUCCCCGGCCCUCAUCUUUAUGCCGGAGCAGCGGCGGCGGCUUUGGUGCCGGCAAUGCAGAAAGGGAACGAGACGGCGAGGAAUCUACACAUAGCGUUAAAUGGUGUAAAUGUUCUUCUUUUCAUUUGGCAAAUCCCAACAGGUCUUGAUAUUGUUCUUAAGGUCUUUGAGUUCACGAAAUGGCCUUAA